UGCUAACGGAGAUUUAGACACCAGAUCAGAUUUGUGUGAGCCUCUUCAGCCCAGCAGCCGCCUGAGGAGCAGAUCUGUUGCCAGGUCUUCUUCCACCUCCUCCUGAUACUGGACCAGUGGUCAUCUGGAUCAGCGGUUGUUUUGAUCAGGGGGUUUUAGCUGUGAGAGCAUCAUGUGGAGCUUUAUAAAGUGGUUGUGGUAUCACAGAAACUACCUAAUCAUCGUCAUCACUCCUCUGGCUUUUCUCCCCCUGCCACUGGUCUUCCCUACUUCGGAGGCGAGAUGCGGCUAUGUGAUCAUUCUCAUGGCUCUUUUCUGGUGCACGGAGUGCAUGCCUCUGGCUGUGACCGCCCUGCUUCCAGUCGUACUUUUCCCCAUGAUGGGCAUCAUGAAGGCUGGAGAUGUCAGCAUCGAGUACCUGAAAGACUCAAACAUGCUGUUCAUCGGCGGCCUGUUGGUGGCCAUCGCAGUGGAGCACUGGAACCUUCAUAAACGCAUCGCUCUCAGAGUUCUGCUGCUGGUUGGCGUUCAUCCAUCCCUGCUGAUGAUGGGAUUCAUGAUCGUGUCAUCCUUCCUGUCCAUGUGGAUCAGCAACACGGCCACCACGGCCAUGAUGCUGCCCAUCGCUCACGCCGUCCUCCAGCAACUGAAAGCAACCGAGACUCAAGCAGAAGAACGAGACCUCCAGUCUGCAAUAGCAGUAAACCUUGCUUUUGAGAUGGACACGAGAGAAAGCAAGGAGGAUGUGUCUGAUGAAAAGAAGCUAGACCAAAAACUUCAGCAGGAAAAUGGUGUCGGUGAGAAUGAGGAGAAUCUUGGGUUCUCACAGGAGCUCAGGAGGAAAGCUAUGGAGGCCAAGUAUGACCUCCUAACUAAAGGGAUGAGCCUGAGUGUGUGUUACUCUGCUAGCAUCGGAGGCACGGCCACACUCACCGGCACAACCCCUAACCUCAUCCUGAAGGGUCAAAUGGACAAGCUCUACCCAGGAAACGGCGAUGUCAUCAACUUUGCCAGCUGGUUCGGCUUUGCUUUUCCCAACAUGGUGCUUAUGCUGGUGAUCUCCUGGUUCUGGCUCCAGUUCAUGUUUCUUGGCUUCAAUCUGAAGAAGACCUUCGGCUGCGGCGUGAACAGUGAUAGAGCGAAGGAGGCCUACGCUGUGAUGAGAGCGGAGUACAGGAAGCUGGGCGGCAUGAAGUUUGCUGAGGGAGCUGUUCUCACCAUCUUUGUCCUGCUCGUGAUACUUUGGUUCACCAGGGAGCCGGGCUUCAUCCCCGGCUGGGCGACGGUGCUCUUCAACAAGGAGGGCCCGUUUGUUUCAGAUGGAACUGUCGCCAUCUUUAUGUCAAGUCUUUUCUUCGUCAUCCCCUCACGGCUGCCAACAUGCGGCAGCUACGGACACAAUGAGGCAGGAAAGGUGGUGAAGGCUCCUCCGACUCUUCUGAACUGGAAGGUCGUCCAUGAGCGGAUGCCCUGGAACAUCAUCCUGCUCCUGGGAGGAGGCUUCGCUCUGGCUGCUGGCAGUGAGGAGUCAAAGUUGUCCGAAUGGCUGGGGAAUAGUUUGACACCCCUGCAGAGUAUUCCCCCAUUUGCCAUCUCGAUUCUGCUCUCCCUGCUCGUCGCGACCUUCACAGAAUGCUCCAGCAACACGGCCACCACCACGCUGUUCCUACCCAUACUGGGUUCAAUGGCCACAGCUAUCCAGAUACACCCUCUUUACGUGAUGCUGCCUUGCACAAUCGCUGCCUCUCUAGCGUUCAUGCUGCCCGUGGCAACACCGCCCAACGCCAUCGCCUUCUCCUUUGGAAACCUCAAAGUCGUAGACAUGGUGAAAACCGGCUUCAUGCUGAACAUCAUCGGGAUCCUCUGCAUUAAUUUAGGCAUCAACACCUGGGGAUACAGCAUGUUCAACAUGGGCACAUUCCCUCAGUGGGCCAACACAACACAUAGUCAUCCUUAAGUAUCAAAUACUGAAAAAAGGACUAAUUCUUGGUUUAAACUGGAAGCAAGUUCAUUUAUUUAGUCAAAAGGAAUAAAUCUGCUCCAUCAAGAACUUACGGCAAAGAUUUAUCAGAAAUGAUUGACACAAAUGUGAACAGUGCUGUUGAAUGUUUACUGUUAAAUAUGUGGGUGUUCAGUACUUCCUGGUACCAGAACCAAGUUUAUUUCCUCGUAGAGGAUUUCCAAAACGUCAUUCCUGUUAUCUCUUCAUGGGUUUACAUCUGAAGCCCACUUAAUUAUCUUAAUUGCUGUUUAUUCAUGCAGAAUCAAAAGGACAGAAGAUUAACUGUAUCAGUUAAUAUAACUUAUUAUGUUUAAUUAGUGUUUGAGCUUUUAGUUGCACAUUUUAUUGUUUAUCAGUGUUUUUUAAACAGUUUUUAUCAUAAAUACACAUCAACUUUUAUAACUCCAAUUUUUUUAAUACCAAAGUAGUUUAGAUGAAUAUGUAUGUGUUGUAAUUUAUUUGAUCAUAAAUAGCAGUACAUCUCAACAGGGGGGCCAGACCUUUCCAACUGACCCCCCAACCCUUUGGGCCCUCCCCCAACUGGAGGACUUAGAAGUUCAGCAGAAAAAUUCUUGUCCCAAAUAUCAAUAAUUGUUUAUAUUCUCCAAACACAACUAAAAUGACAAUCAAAACAGUUAAGAUGGAAAUAUUUUAACUAUUAAUAAAUUAAGAUAUGAUAAUACUUUAACUUUAUUUUAGAAGAGCAUCUGGCCCUCACAGUGCCUGCUGGAAAAAACUCCGACCCUUGAAUAAAUUUAGUUGAGGACCCCUGAUAUGCAGAGCUCAGCAGAAUUGACUGGUAUGACCAAAAAUAGGGACAAAAAUGUUCAAAUGAUGCUGUAAUGAUGCUUGCGUGUCUUUGUGGACAAAGAAAAUCUUUCAUUUAGGGACACAAAACGACCUGCGACAUCUCACUUCCCAACUCACGGAAACUCUUUAGAAGAGAUUUAUCAAGAGGAGUUUUGUCAUGAAGAAGACAUGAAAAUGUGAGAAAAUUAUGUCAGAAGUUGUUCUUUAUUGAUUUUACUAGAGAAGUGAAGUCCGGUAAAAAAUUUGAGGCACUUUUUCUUUCUUACAAGAUGAAUCUACACUCUAAGGGGCUCGACACACGGGAGGAGACAAACGACCGUGAUCAGCGAAAUUCGUCGCAGUCGCUUUUAUUACCUGACACACGGGAGGCGGCCAGCGGCAAAACCUUCUACGCGUUCUGUUCCAUGGCGAAAUCGAAACUUCCGUUGUUUUGUUUGGCUGUGUCAGGCUGGAGGGAAUUAAUGUUAUUUAAGCGGUUCAGAGUUUAAAAAAGUGGUAGAUAUGAUGUUUCAUAAGGUGCUGCUAGAGUUAUGUGAAAUCUUACUUCUGGUUUUACUAUAUAAACAUAAUAAUAAUCAACUUCUCCUCCAUGUUUGCUCGGAGAUGUACGGAGCAUCCUGUCUGCUCAUUGGUCAGUGAAUGAAACCUCCGUUGAUUGGUCCUCGUCCGAGCGACAGCGAUGAAAAGUUGAAAAUAUUUGAACUUUCUGGGAUCGCGUCGCUGGGUCGCCUGUGCACGACAGGUGUACGAGCGCAAAAUUUCACACGCACGUUUUUCGCACUUCGCUUGGUAGGAGGGAGACCCGCGAUUAUCACUUUGUUGCGCAUGUCUCAUUGAAAAUGAAUGGAGGAGAGGUGAUGUGGCCUCCUGUGUGUCGAGCCCAUAAGGAGGGAAAUGUUGAGUUAACUUAACUAAAUUAUGUCAACGGAUUUCACUAAAUCUAGUGGCUUAAAUGUAAAGAGUCAUAUGUAUUGUUAUGUGUUAUGUUAAAAGUUUAUGUGUAUUACUCUACAUUGAAGCAACUAGUGGAACCAGUUAACAGAACUUGGUUAGGUAAAUUUAACGUUUCAUUUUUUUAGAGUGUAUUUGAGGAAAAAAUAUGAAAAAAAGCAAAAAAGCUUAUUUUACUGGAAUGUAUCAUGCCCUUUCUGCUAUAGUGAAGUUUUAAUUCUGUUCUCACCAACUCAUUCUUUCGAGGUUGAACCAAAACAUUGUUUUGCAUUUACAAAAAAAAAAAAACUUGUCACGAUUCUUAUAUGGAUGCAUGAGCACCUUUAACAGAACAGUUAUUAAACUAAGCCUGAAUCUGCUCUCUGAUAACCCUGUUAUAUGGCUGUACUGCAGAUAAGCUCCCUGAAAUUAAAGUAUUUUUCAUUUAAAUCUGUUUCUGGGUGAAUUACGCCCAGCGAAAAUCAAGUUUCCCCAAACUGGUGCCUUCUGGCCUCGAUCUGCACAAAAAAACACGUUUCUCAAGUUCUUUCAUUAAAAGUUUGAUUCCAGUUGCUAUCAUGACUCUAGAAAUGCAUCGUCAGCAUUAAUGGGGGUCGAAAUGCACAAAUCAAUAUAAGGAAGGUGUAAAUGAAAAUGUGUACAGUGUGUUCAGAUGAAAAGGUUGAAGGAUAACUGUGAGAUAAGAGGCUGCCAGCAGGAUGUAAAAGAAGCGGCAGCCGCGUUCUACGGUGUUUAUUACUGGAGAACAUAAUAAAGUCAGAAUGUCCAAGGAGAGUUCUCUCCACAGUGCAUGUGAUAUCUGAGCUGUGUGUGUGUUCUCAUAAUAAAACAUUGUUAUCAAA